AUGUCUGCCUACUACAGGAACUAUGGCUAUGAGGAAGAUCCAGAUUACCCUGAAUAUUCAGGAUCUCAGAACUGGACAUGGGGGGAUUUGAAAACUCAGGAUUCUCCAGAUUCUCCAGGUGUUCUGAACAACUCAGACUACCCUGGCAUCAGGAACAACCCAUACUCUGAAGACUCCAGAACAACUUCAGACUAUCCCAGGUCUCUAGCAGACCCAGAUUAUCCUAGAUCUUGGAGUAAUCCAGAUCAGCCUGGCACCAGAAGCACUCCAUUCUCUACUGGUUCCAGACGAAGUUCAGAGUAUCCUGGGUCUCUGGCAGAGCCAGAUUAUCCUGGAUCUCAGAGUAAUCCAGGCUAUCCUGGCACCCAGAACAAUCCAUACUCUGCAGGCUCCAGAAGAAGUUCAGACUAUCCCAAAUUUCUGGCAGAGCCAGAUUACAUUGGAUCUUUGAGUGAACCAUACCAUCCAGUCUCAUUCAGAGAGCCAGACUACUCUAAAUCCCAACAAAAUUCUGACUUUGCAGGUUCCCGAAGCAGUAGAAACUAUGCAGGCUCCAGAACAAAUCCUGAUUAUCUGGACUCUCUGGGAGAACCAGACUACCCUGGAGCUCAGGGAAACUCUGACUACCCUGGCUCCAGAGCCACGUCCAACCAUCCAGGCUCUAGAAGGAAUCCAGAAUUUGCUGGUUCCAGAAUCAAUCCAUACAUAGAUACUCUAGGAGAGCCUGAUUAUCCAGGUGCUGAGAAUCAACCUAAUUCUCCAAACUUUUUUGGGGAACCAGACUAUCCCAGGACUGAGGAUUAUCAGAAGAACUCUCCAAACUUUUGGGGGAAGCCUGAUUACCCAGCUGCUGAGGAUGGUCAUGAUUAUGGCUCUUCUGAGACUUCAGAAACAACUAGAGAGGUGUUCAGCAGAACAUCUUCAAUCCAGCCCUCAUUUCGUCGUAGGGGUGAUAGCCCCUCGGGCAUCCUUGGGAGAAAGAAUGAUGAUUACCCUGAAAGCAUUGCAAUGAAAUCCAUGGAGACGGCAAAUCCAUAUGACUCUGUGCCCGGGGCUCCUGGCAGUGGCUGUGUGAACCCUGCUUCUGUGGGUGAAAGUAACGCCCGCCCAGUUUAUGGAAACCCGCCAUUGUCUGGAUGUGACUGGCACAAGUCACCCCAAGGACAAAAGUUAAUCGCAUCUUUGAUACCAAUGACCUCUAGAGACAGAAUUAAAGCCAUCAGGAGUCAGCCAAGAACCAUGGAAGAGAAAAGGAACCUUAAGAAAAUGGUUGACAAAGAGAAAAGUAAGCAAUCCCACCGUAUCCUUGAGUUCAACUGCUGUGCUCAGUGUCUGAACUCCGUUUCACAGGCUUACCGUAGAUCUAAGAACAGCCUGUCAGAACUGCUCAGUUACAUCAGCCUAUGGCAGAAGACGUUCAAGGUCAUUGGAGGCAAGUUUGGAACGAGCGUCCUCUCCUAUUUUAACUUUCUGAGAUGGCUUUUGAAGUUCAACAUUUUCUCGUUCAUCGUGACCUUCAGCUUCAUCAUCAUCCCUCAGUUUACUGUGCCUGAAAAGAACACCCUCCAAUUCACCGGAUUGGAAUUUUUCACUGGAGCGGGUUAUUUUCAGGACACAGUGAUGUACUAUGGCUUUUACACCAACUCUACGGUCCAACACGGGAGCAGUGGGGCACCCUACAACAUGCAGCUGGCCUACAUCUUCACAAUCGGAGCAUGUUUGAUUGUCUGUUUUUUCAGUUUGCUAUUUAGCAUGGCCAGGUAUUUCCGGAACAACUUCAUUAACCCUCACAUCUACUCCAGAGGGAUCACUAAACUUAUAUUCUGCUGGGACUUCACCGUCACUCAUGAAAGAGCUGUCAAGUUGAAACAGAAGAAUCUUAGCACGGAGAUAAGGGAAAACCUGUCCGAAAUCCGUCAGGAGAAUGUCAAGUUAACGCUCAGUCAGCAGCUGAUCCACAUGUUGGCCCACCUGGCAGCCUGGGUCGUCUCUACUGGAGUGGCCAUUGCCUGCUGCGUAGCUGUUUAUUACCUGGCUGAGAACAACUCAGAGUUCCUGAAGAACCACCAGAACCCUGGAGCAGUGCUGUUACUGCCUUUCCUCGUGUCCUGCAUCAACCUGGCAACGCCACGCCUCUACUCCCUGUUCAGGCUGGUGGAGAGGUAUGAGACGCCGAGGCGCGAAGUCUACAUCCUCCUCAUCCGAAACAUCUUUCUGAAAAUAUCAAUCAUUGGAAUUCUUUGUUACUAUUGGCUCAACAUUGUGGCCCAGGCUGGUGAAGAGUGUUGGGAAACUCUCAUUGGCCAGGAAAUCUACCGGCUCCUUCUGAUGGAUUUUGUGUUCUCUUUAGCUGAUUCCUUACUGGGGGAAUUCCUGAGGAGACUCAUUGGAAUGCAGUUUCCAACGAGCCUUGGUUUACAGGAGUUUGACAUCGCGAGGAACGUCCUGGAACUGAUCUAUGCACAAACUCUGGUGUGGAUUGGAACCUUCUUCUGCCCUCUGCUGCCCUUUAUCCAAAUGAUUACUCUUUUCAUCAUGUUUUAUGUCAAAAACAUCAGCCUGAUGAUGAAUUUCCAGCCUCCGAGCAAAGCCUGGCGAGCCUCACAGAUGAUGACUUUCUUCAUCUUCUUGCUCUUUUUCCCAUCCUUCACCGGGGUCCUGUGCACCCUGGCCAUCACCAUCUGGAGAUUGAAACCUUCAGCUGAUUGUGGCCCAUUUCGAGGUCUGCCCUUCUUCAUUCACUCCAUCUACAGCUGGAUCGAUACCCUGAGUAAAAGGCCCGGCUACCUGUGGGUUGUUUGGAUCUACCAGAACCUCAUCGGAAGCGUGCACUUCUUUUUCAUCCUCACCCUCAUUGUGUUAAUCAUCACCUAUCUUUACUGGCAGAUCACAGAGGGAAGGAAGAUUAUGAUCAGAUUGCUCCAUGAACAGAUUAUUAAUGAGGGCAAAGAUAAAAUGUUCCUGAUAGAAAAGUUGGCCAAGCUGCAGGAUAUGGAGAAGAGAGCAAACACCAGCUCGUUCACCGUGGAAAGGAGGGAUGUAGAGCAAACAAGCCCUUUGCAUGUCAGGGAACACAAUGCUGCUCAUGACCUGCGAUUUAGGCGAUCAGUUCAAGAAGAGAAUCCAAAGGUGUAA